CCAUAUUCGUCGUUUUACGUUCCAAAAAUAGUCAUGGCUGCGAACGAACUGUCAAUUGAUGUAAUUCGCGAUUAUUUUAUCGAAAAAGGCGGAAUUGUGUCAAAUCGCGAUGUUGUCAAACACUUCAAAAGAUACUUGACGGAUCCCUCUACAAGGGAUGAGGCACGAACGACUUUUAAGAAACUCAUCAACACGUUAGCCACGACGAAAACUGAAGGCGACGAAAAAUUCCUAAUCCUAAAACCAAAGUACUCCCUUUGCCCCGAUCUCCCUGCGAUUCCCAUCACCUCUCCCAAACCUUGCCUCGAUCCAAUCAAUUCGAUAGGCAUCCCGGUCUCGCCAUCGCAUUCAAUCCAGGAUGCAAGCCCGCGGAGACAACCGCCGCCUUAUCGUCCACCACCGCCACCACCACCAACCACACCCUCCCCAAACGUUUCCUGUGACAACAUCUCAAUUUCCUCGUCCAUAUCUCUGGCAGAAUCGAUCGCCCCACAAGCACCACCAAGGCGACGCAACAGCGAGAAAUCAAAAAUGGAGGAGCCGCCACGAGAUGACUGCGAAAAUCCUGGCGUCGAGAACGACAAGCAGCCGAUUAGCGUCAAGGAGCGCACCCAGAAGUUUAACAGGAUGGCGUCGGUGGAGGACGAGCUGAGCCCCAGAAAUCAGAAGGGAAGAAAGAUCCCCGAUAAAUGCUGUGUUUGUCCACAGGGUGCCGACGAAGAUGAUGGCGCCUCAGUCACUUCGUUAGACCCGAAGAAGUGCACCGAAUGGCUCGUGACAGCUGCCAAGGGUGAUUACCAAGAAUUAGCCAAACUAGCCUCGGAUGAUCCGCGCCUCGUUAAACUUAAGGAUCCGUUCACGGCCUAUACCGUACUUCACUGGGGCGCCAAACAUGGAAAUGAAGACAUCAUUAAACUUUUCGCGGGGAAGUACAAGGCGGACGUUAAUUCCAGAACCAAUGGGGGCUACACACCUUUACACAUGGCCGUUCAAUUUGGACAUAGCAAAGUGUUCAAUCUCCUAGUGGAAGUCUACCAUGCCGAUCCCGACGUGAGAGAUUUCAGCGGACGAAUGCCGGAACAAUAUAAGAUAUCUGAAACGCAAAACUCCAACAAAGACACUUACAAAAUCAAAUCCAGGAAGAAGUUGGCAGAUAAGGACUUGAGAUUUCUGCGAAUUGGCUCGCUAAAUGUAAGGGUGAAGAGGACUACUGAGGCUUUUAGCAACUUUCUUGGUGUCGGUGGUGGCUCAUCAAUCAAUCCCACCGAUCUAUCAGGUAAAGUGUAUAAGAGCUGGGGAUCUGCUGAUAAUUUAUCACAGGAUAAUCUCAUGCCAGCCCCCAAAAAUUACGCUGGAAAGCGGAAGAUGAAGAAGUCUGAAAGCACCGGCGUGUGUAGUACGCCAGGUACGCCGAGUCAAGUACCACGUGGGCUACGGUCUAGGAAUUCGUUACAAGAUUCUGACUCUGAUACGGCAGCUGGCUUUGACUCUCAAUGGAAAAACUAAAAUAAUUGAAAUUGUUGCAGCUUGUACUUAAAAAUUGAGUAUUUUUCAUUACAUUCCAUUUUUGGUUUAUUUAUUCAAAGACAAGAUAAUUUCCAGGGGAAGCCUGCAUAUGAUUAAAAAUUCUCAAAGAGAGAAUUGCAUUCGAGAUGGCUUUGACAAAAUUUUAUUUUCUGAAUAAAUCUUUGAAAACUCA